AUGAAUGAGCAAAGGCCGACAUGUGCAGAGCUGAAAUUAUACCUGAAGAGUAAGAAGGACAAAAACCAGUCCACUCAGAAAAGGAGAGAAUAUCCAUGGCACAUAAGUGUUGUGAUCCUGGGAACAGUAUGUCUUCUGAUGUCAAGCACACUCUUGGGAUACGUGUUUUUUCAGAGCACUUAAAGCUUCAAAAUUCGAUGUGAGAAAGAUGCAAAUGAAAUUGCUAUCUCCUCAAUGGAAGUAGUAGAUCCUUUCGGUUUACCACCUACUACAGGAAAAGGCUGCUGUACAUGUCAAAGAGGAUGGUCUUGCUGUGGAGAAAAGUGUUACUACUUUUCAGAAGAGGAAAAGACAUGGGAUGAGAGUGAGGAAUCCUGCAGACUCCUGGGUUCUUGUCUCACUAAGAUUGACAACAGAGAGGAGCAGAACUUUAUUCAGUCACAAUUUAAUUACAGCUAUUGGGUUGGAUUAUGUAAGAAAGGAGAUCAGUUCCAUUGGGUACACCAUAAGGAUGUAAAACUUUCUUCAGAUUUGUAA